ACUACCAAAGUGCUCAAUCUAUCAGUAAGAAUGGAAUUAAGCUCAAUUAUUGCAGAGUCAACCUCGACUUUGGGGCCUCUACUAGCUUUUACCUGAACCCAUCAUUUGAUAAUGCAAUCGACUUCAUUAAGGGGCGCGAAGGAUUUUACGGAAUUGUUGUAUAUUGGGUUGAUAUGGAAAAAGUAAAAAGCAUGGUAUAUCGGGAUUCAAUUUCGGAUGAGAAUUUAUGGAGAGAGGUGGUGGUUGCAUCAAGGUGUGGACAAUAUUCAGCGGUAGAUGAAGAUGAUUUUGUUUACGGAUAUCAGUUAUCGAAUGCAAGAGAAAUCCUCACUGCAUACGGUAGACCAGAUGAUAAUGAGGAUUCAUGGCAGGAUCUCAUUCCCAGAGCCAGAUGGUUUGAGCUUAUUCGCCAUCUUCAGCUUGCAGUUAAGACUUAUAAAGCAGUAAGGAUUAUGAACAGUUGUUAUGUUGGGACUAUUUAUUUUCAUUCAAAAGAAAAUCAAUAA